AUGGAGAAUCCACCAGAUCUUAUUGUUGCGACUACAUUAGACGAUCAAUGUCAAGAUAAAAAGAAAAUAAUUGUUGAAAAUAUUUGUCAACAACAUGAUGAUAUAAUAGCAAAUCUUCGAUCAGAAAAAUAUCUUCUUCAAUGUGAAAUUCAACAAUUACGAACUCAACUACUCGUACGUAAUAAUACUAAUAAUACUAUUAAUAAUGAAUUCGAUGAACAAGCACAUUUAUUACAACAACGAUUUCAUGAUGAAAUUCAAUCUGUUAUUUAUCAUCAUAGUGAAUUAGUUCAACAUGUUACAAAUGAUCUAUCUAAUUAUGUUACACAAAUACUAAAAAAAAGUAUUGAAAAUAUUGAAAGUUUAAGAUUAUUACAUCAAAAAGAAUUAUGUACACAUUCAGCAAGUUUAACUAAUUGUAUUCAACAUCAAUCCUCUGAGAUGAAUGAACUUUGUAAUCAUUUAAUUGUUCAACAACGUACAAAACCUAUGGAUUUAUUUAAUACAGUUACGAAUAAUUUUCAAAGUGCAGUUAAUAAUUUAAAAACAAGUUUUGAUUCAAAAAUCAAUUAUUUAAAUGAUAUUCACGUAUCAAAAAUUGAAAAAUUGAAUACAAAACAUGAAAUAGAAUUAGAUGAAAUGAAAUGUGAAUUAAAUUUAAUGUACAAACAAUGA